AUGCCCGGCCUGGAAGUCGUGAACACGUCUCUCGCCUCACCAGGACACCUGGAUCCGCCCCAGUUGAGGGCCCACAAGUCUCUACGACGAAGGCCAAAUGUCCUCUGGAGCCCUCCAGCCAUCGAGGCAACGCCUCAACCUCAGCAUGGCCGCCCUUCAAAUGCCACCCCGUUGGCAGCCGCUCUUGUCCGUCCUAUAACGCCGCCUGGAGUUGCUCAGAGCGAAGACCUCAUGAGCAGCGGAACAAGCACGCCAAAAGCUACUUCAUCCUACUCCGUGAACGGGGCGGUGACCUCCAAGCCGUCCCAUCCACCCACGCCUGAAACUACUCCCCCGCGUGUCGCUCCUUCAGCCCCGCGUCCGGGACUGUCGCACUUUGGACUGUCCUCUUCCUCCUCAUCGCACGCCGAGUCGUUUCGGACAGCUUAUGAAAUGAUCUCGGACGCGGAGACGGAAACUCCUCGCCAGUCGACGCAGUCGUUGUUGCCUACCAGACAGAAAUCGUUGAGGAGGGACGAGCCGGCGGACUAUGAUGACCGAGGGAGUGGAGAGUCGACACCGGUUCCUGAUCCUCGUACUCAGCGCCUCCAACCGUCCGCGAUGGAGACUCCUGCGCAACGAAAGAUGGAUAAUGGUGCGGAAUCCAAGGUGUCGCCGCCGCGCAAGAAGAAGUCUACGAGGAAUGGAGUUCCUAGGAUCCGUAAUGCGGACGCAGAACAGGGCUACGAUAUGAAUGGUCGAGAGACACAAAACACCAAAGCUCUUCCAGCACGCUCAAAUUUACGGGAGUCUGUCAGGGAUGCGCAGGAACCAGUUGGUGGCUUAUCCAUUGAGCAGUUUCGCGAAGAGAUUGGCUGGCCACGUGCGGAGGACCAGCCUCACUCUGCCGAGCACGAUGACGCUCGCCGGCUGUCAGACGUUUCUAUGUCCUCGUCCACUGUCGAGGUGAUGAUCAUCGACGCACCAAGGUCCACCCGAAGAUCCCUGCGCCAUACCGAUAAGAGGGGCUCGCUGCGUUCGGCUAGUUCGCCUUUUCCCAGCCCAGAACAUGCUUCAACCGCUUCCAGCGCGGACUCGCAACAUCGCCUGGUACACAAAGCUGGUCGAAUCACCGAGAGUGACCGCAAGAGCAUCGCGUCGGAAAUCUCGUUCUCUGGGGCCUCCAGUGUGAACACCCAGCAACAAACCGUGGACGUGGUGCCAGUGGUUGUGAUCCCGGAACGACGCUCUUCCCUUAAGUCGUCCACUUCAACCAGCAGGAAUACCUCGCAAAGCCGCUCGCGCCACUCGAGUCGGCAGGGCCCGUCCGCAUCGGGUAGUCGGCCUGGCUCUCGCGAGCCUCCUCGUCAGAAGCGCACAUCCGACACGACUGCGAGCAGCACGAGGCGGGCGGAAUCUCGUGGUCGCCACUCUGGCCGACCGAGUAUCCCGGCUCGCAGCUCCUCGCUCUCUGCACCAACCAGUCGUAAUAAUUCCCGGACUACAUCUCUGACAUCGGAGAGUCUGCGGGAUCAUGCAAUGUUUACGGAACAGGGGACUCAUGAUCGCGUUGCUGAGCCGCCACGUCCAGCCAAAGCAGAGACCGUCGCUCGAGAGCCACACGAUGCUGCGGAAGCAUCCAAGACGCAGUCAAUUAUCAUUGGAGUGGAAGACAUGUCGCAUCUGCGCCCGCCAUCGAUGCCGUACACACAAAUCUCGAUCCCCUCAUCUUCUCCUGGCCUGAUCGAAGUCAGCGAGGCGAGGACUGUUGUAUUCUUCCCGCACAACAAUGAAUCAUUGCUCUUGGUCGAUCCGCAGGCCCCGUCUGCACAGCGAGGGCAACCCGACUACCCUGAACUGUACCAACACAGGAUGGAAGAAUCGCCCACUCAACGCUACGAGAUGACAUCCCCGCUCAAAGACCCCCGCCAGCCACCACAACCGCCCAUCUGCCAGGUCGUGCCACCGACACCCGUGCAAGACGUCGACAGCCAGCCGGGCGGGGCAGGUUACAUCAACGAACCAAGUAAACGCCGGGGCCGUCGGUUUGGCCCGGGCCGCCGUCCGUGGCUGGUACGUCCUCGGUCUGACUCUUUCAAUUCAUUCGUCCGCUCAUUGUCACUGACGUCGGUGAAGAACCGCAAGGCCGGCAAGGACAUCGAUGGGCGACAGCAGCCCUUUUGGCGACCUCGUCGGUUCUGGGAGGACUCGGAACCAGAGGAAGAAUCGCCUCGCGUGGCUCCGCGUUCGCCAGCUCCAGACCCCGAGGCGUCGGACCUAGUGAUCAAGAACUCGUUGGGCAUGCCGCAGCAGCGCGUUGUGUUUGAGGGCCCUGCGCUUCGCAGCCCAGGUGCCAGGCGGCGGCCCGAACAAGCCAGUCGACACCUCGCCAACCGCAGCACGCUCGUAGGAAGCCAAGUCUUCAGCCCCGAGGCAUUCUGCUCGCAGACAUCGCUCCACCACCAGCGAUUCCGGUCUUUGUCAUGGUGGCGGCUGCGCUUGCGAACGAAUAAGAUCCGUAACAUCCGCAAACGAGUGCGACGCACGUGGCAGCGACACGCCGAACACCGUCGGGAAGCCAAACGCGAGAAACUCAAGCAGAGUAUCAGCGGGGCAGUCCUGAUGGAGUCGAGCACGCAGCUGAGAAUACCAGAAUGA